UGUUUGGCUUGCGUGCAUGUGUCUGUAGAGUGGUGGUUUCUGUUUCUGCGAUGCGGUUCGAUCAGUUCGAUGUUUAACCAGUUUAACCGUUUAACUGUGAAGAGUGGCGAAUACGGACUCUCUAGGGAAAAGGAGUUUUAUUUUCCCACAAAACUUGCUGAACAGCUGAGGCGAGCAUGAUCAAGCAAGCUAUAUGCUCUUGGAGCCGGUAUUUGAGCGCGAGACGAUUGUUGUUUUCCUACCGGUCCCUGCGGUACCUCGCCAGCGCUACCAGCUCCUACAAGUGCGAUGCCAACGUCAGGGUCCGAUUUGCACCCAGCCCCACGGGCGAAAUGCACCUAGGCAGCCUCCGAACGGCGCUUUACAACUAUCUUUUUGCAAAGAAACACGGCGGGCAGUUCAUCCUGAGGAUCGAGGACACGGAUCAGACACGAGUGGUGCCAGGUGCAGCACAGAGGAUUGUGGACACCCUGGAAUGGGCAGGCCUCGCUCCGGACGAGGGCCCCUCAUUGGGCGGGAAUUUCGGUCCCUACGUUCAGUCGGAGCGGAUUCAGCUGUACCAAGAAUACGCCCACAAGUUGUUGGAGACCGGGCACGCCUACCGGUGCUUUUGCACAGACGUGCGUCUGGACCUUCUCAGGAAAGACGCAAUGCGCAACAGGCAGAUUCCUCGCUACGACAACCGCUGUCGCUCCUUGACUCCCGACAGCACGAAGCUGUCAGGAAAGCCACACGUCAUUCGCUUCAAGCUUUCCGAAGGAGACCUGACCUUUGAGGACGGUGUCCAUGGCCCGGUGACCCUCAACACGGCCGAAAGGGAAGGAGAUCCUGUGAUCCUGAAGAGCGACGGCUUCCCGACGUACCACCUGGCGUGCGUGGUGGACGACCACCUGAUGCGUGUGAGCCACGUGCUGCGUGGCGUGGAGUGGCAGGUGUCCACCCCGAAGCACAUCAUGCUGCACGAAGCACUCGGCUGGGAGCCGCCACGUUUCUUCCACCUCCCGCUCCUCCUCAACAAGGACGGCACCAAGUUGUCCAAGCGCCAAGGUGACGUCCACGUGGGGAAGCUCAAGGACGUUGGCUUCUCGUCAGAGACUCUUCUCAACUUCCUGGUGCUGGCCGGCGGAGGCUUCGGCAAGCAGGAGAAAGACACCUUCUACGAUUUGGACGACAUGGUGUCGCAGUUCAACCCAGACGAGCUGAAGGGCAGCUCGUGCCGGCUGGACCCCGAGAGACUGGUGCAGCUUAACCGGCUGCACCUGCGUCGCUGCCUGGACGAUCCUGGGAAGACCCUUUCCUUGGCCAGAGAACUGAGGCGACUCCUGGACCAGCACCAGGAGCCCGUGCCAAGCGACUUCCUGUCGGACGAUGACUUGGUCCGUGUGCUGCGGGAGACUGCGGGGAGGCUCACUUCACUCAACGACCUGUUGGAUCCGUCCAUGGACUUCGUGUGGCGUUCACCGUCGCUGGUGGAGGAGGACCAGCCGUCCGUCGAGAACCGUGACGCCUUGCAAGAUCUGUGCAGCCGCUUGGAGUCCGUCAGUGCAGAUAAGUUUAACAGGGAGACACUGGGUGUGCUGCUUCACAACGCAGCUUCUGACUCGGGCAUCAAGUACAGCCAGUUGAUGCAAAGCCUGCGAAAGCUGCUCAGUGGACUGCAGAAAGGCCCGGGAGUAGCGGAGAUGAUGACACUGCUGGGGAAAGAGCAGACGCUACUGCGUCUCCGGAAGCACAUCGACCAACGAGGCUCGGAAAAGAGUUGUUCCAGGGGUUAACAAGCACAAGUAUGUCAUGGAACGAUGUUUCGGGCACGCUGUCGUUAUCAUACAGAUAAAGUUUUCUAUUUGCACCGAGC